ACUUUGGAGCUCAGUCAGUGAGUGAGAGAGUGAGUGAGUGUGGAGCAAACUUCUUCCGAGAGGAUGGCUGGGAAGAUUAGAGCCUAGAAGGAUUUCAACUGCUUUGGUGCAGCUUUUGGAUUAGUUUUCAUUCUUGAAAUCCCUUCUAUUUAAAAGAUGCACUUUUUGGGGAUUUACAGCAUUUGGAUUGUAUUCCAUGCAGCCUUAUGCAAUUAUUCGGAGGACCAGUGUAGCUGGAAAGGAAGUGGUUUAUCCCAGCAGCAGGGCAGCGUGGAGCAGAUCUCCCUCCACUGCUCGGAAGGCACCCUUGACUGGCUGUACCCCAAAGGAGCACUUCGCCUCACCUUGUCCCCACGCCUGCCCUCCAUCGCCGUGGGCCCCGGUGGCGGCGGCGGCGGCUCUUCGGGCCUCAUCACGGCCUGCGUCAAAGCUUCGGAGAACUUCCACGGCGCCCAGCUCUACCUGGAGAGGGACGGCGUCCUGGAGCUCCUGGUGGGGGACCGGCUGGAGACGUCUCUCCCGCCGAGUGUGCGCUGCUUCAGCCGGGCCCCGGGGGAGACGUUGGCGCUCUUCCUGCAGGCGACGCCUCACCAAGACAUCAGCCGGCGGACGGCGUCUUUCCGCUACGAGCUGAGGGGGGACUGGACCGCCCGCUUGUCGCUGGACUCCAACCACAUCAGCACUUUUGAUGCAUGCAGACCCUGCAACAACACGGAGAUCCUCAUGGCCGUGUGCACCAGCGACUUUGUGGUGCGAGGCAACAUCAGGUCCGUGCAGGAGGACGAGAACCUCCGGGCGGCGGUCAUCAAAGUCAGCGCCACGCGGGUGUUCCGGCAAAAGUACGCCCUCUUCACAGGCACCAGCCGCGUCUCCACCCGGGGGGAGAUCCGCACCCUCCUGCAGUGCGGCGUCAAACCGGGUCCAGGCAGCUUCCUCUUCACCGGCCGAGUCCACUUCGGGGAGGCCUGGUUGGGCUGCGCCCCUCGCUAUAAGGACUUCCUGCACGCCUACACGGCCGCCAAAGCGGUGCAAGAGAUUCCCUGCGAACUUCCUGUGGAUUGAGCGCCCUCUGAACUCACUUGCUGCUUGUCUACGUGACACAGAACCAGGGCGCUAUACCACGCCUGGCCAGGCUGAGAAGCCAUGUUGGCGCCACCGAGGAGAGAAAUGGGACUUUUUUUCCCCCAAACACCAUUUCAGUGCAAUAGCAGGUCCAGUCAGAUUUUUGUGGGGCUUCUUGGUUGGCAUGGAGACGACAAGAGAGUCAAACUCAGGAAAAAAGGCAUAAAAAGCAAGCCAGAGAGGACACAUUAUGUUAUGAAGCAGAUUAUAUCGAGGAAAUUGCACUGAGUAAAGAGAAGGGAACGAUGCUGCAAGCACUGAAAACCAAAUAAAUAAUAAUAAUAUGUAGCAGAGAGGUGCGGUGGAGAAGGUAAUAUAUGUACAUACUGUGCAGGGAGCACUUCGUAUACUCAAGCCCAACAGAAGUAUUAAUUUCAUCCUGUAAAUAUUAAGCUGGUGACAAUGAAUUAUCCAACCUGCACUAUGUCAACCAAACCAAGUGCAGAAGUCUUAAAAACAUGUGCUAUGUGUGUGUAAAUAUGUAAAUAUGUGGAUAAGAUGUUCUAUUGUGGAUGUUCUAUUAUGGAUGUUGUGUCAGUAAAAAAAAACACUUUAAGGAA